AAACGAAAUACUCAGUGGCCUCCUUGGUUACCAAGAAAACAGUACGCAUUCGGAUAUGCUCGGUUCUUAAGGAGACAUAAACUAAUGGGUAAAUUCUUCAACUGGAUAGGAGGUGAUAUAUACAUACCAGUUUUGUGGCAGGCACCGCUACUAGAAUCAGACGAUAAACUUCCGGUUCUCGUAAUGUCUCACGGUAUUGGCGGGAAUCGCACGACAUAUAGCACGUUCUGCUGCGAGAUAGCGUCUCACGGUUUUAUCGUGGUCGUCCCGGAACACCGGGAUGGAAGCGCGUCUAUGACCUACUUAUUAAAAGACAAUAUGAGGGGGACUGUUGUGGAAUUAUUGAAAGAUCACGAGUGUGGCUUACAUAGGAGACACACGAUGCAUAAAUCUCACAGUUUCACGGAAGAGUGGCAGUCCUUUGAACACACGGAUCCACUUGGGAUACAGUGGGAUGACUUUGAUUAUAGAAAUAAACAGGUUCAUCAGAGGGCUUCCGAAUGUAUUCGUCUGCUCGACGUUCUUACUGAUAUUAACGACGGUCGUAGUGUUCGCAACUUCUUGGGCUUCCAUUUCAGUCUUAAACAAUUCAAGGGUCGCAUGGACAUGUCGAAGGUGGCGUUUGCCGGACAUUCCUUUGGUGGGUCAACAUGUGUAACUACACUAGGACAAGACAAACGUUUCAAAGUGGGUAUAAUGCUGGACGCGUGGAUGCAUCCCCUUAACGAAGAGCUAUGUUCUAAAGUGACACAACCAGUUCUCAUACUCAACUACGAGAAGUUCCAGUGGCAGAAAAACGUGAAACAGAUGUCAUGGUUACAAUCUGAUGACGUAGACAGGACAAUGCUCACGUUAAGAGGAGCUUGUCAUCAAGCUAUUAGCGAUUUCCAGUUCAUUGUUGGAAAAGCAUUUGGUAAAUUGAUGGAAGUCCGGAGUGAUCUGUCUCCAAAAGUGGCAAUGGAUGUUAACAAAAGAGCUACCCUUGGUUUUCUAUCAAAACAUCUAGGAUUAGAUGGUCUAGACAGUGCUAAUGACGUGUUGACAGGAAGUCACAAGGACGUUGUCCUAGGAACAACUCUGGAUGUGACGUAAUUUCCAGAAAUCUUUACGUUAAAAUCCCGACUGUGAUAUUUAGAUAUUUUACAAAAUGCCAUGAGUUACCGUUAUGUCUUUCGAUAUAAAUUAUCACAAUGCAUUAUUUUUAUGUCUUCUUUUUAUAUUGAUUACGUUACCGUCCGUUUUUGUAAGAAAAGUGCUUGCACGUUAAUUUGUACGUCAUUAAUUACAGGUGCAAUUUUAUUUUAACCACUUCAGAAUUGACCAGUUUUUUCUAUAUAUACUUGAUGUUAUUAUAAUAUAGGUUAUAUAAGUACAAUGACUGCAAAAUUAUGGAGGUUUGAAUACAUGUUUACAAUUGGUACUUUUGGAAAGGGUAAAUUACCGUUCAGUGUACACGCUUUCUAAUGUUACGUUUUUCAGUUUAUCUUUUACGAUUUUUAACAAUUUAAUUAAAGCACUAGCCAGAGUAUGAUGCCAAAUCUUCGUCGGGCAUUUCACUUUUUUAUGAUUGAAAAGUUAGGAUAUAAUCUGUUUUUUGGUCUGUCUGUGAUAUACCGUAUUCUUACAUAUAGGUACAGACAGGAAUAUCAAACUCUCGGGCAACUGUUAAGUGGAAACUCGGCAGAGCCUCGUUAUCGCCGUAAACAGUUACCCUCGAGCUAGAUAUAGAGGAUAUUUGUUUAGUUCAGUGUAAGAUCGGAAUAUAUUUCACCGAGUGAGCACCAAAAGGUAUAUUUCACGAGUGGCGCAGCCACGAGUGAAAUAUGAACUUUUGGUGUUCACAAGGUGAAAUAUAUUUCGAUCUCACACUAAACUAAACAAAUUUUCUUUUUAUUACAUGCA